UUUGACAAAGCAACCGUCUGCAAUGUGUUCCUCGUCGCUAAAGUGGUGUACCUCCUGGAAGUGCUUCAGUGUAGUAGAAAAAAAGUGCAGGAGCUUCAUCGAAUAUUUGCUACGGUUAUCUGGGAAUCAACUUUUGAGCCCAUGAGGAGAGAAAACAUCUUCAAGAGACUGAAAGACGGUGGACUCGGCCUGCAGCACCUUUUCUUGAAACAACUUGUGAUGAGGCUAAUGUUCUUCAGAGGGUCCGGACACCCACUGCUAGAACAGAUGAAGCAAUAUAUGGGGUACAACCCAGAACAGAUGAAGCAAUAUAUGGGGUAUAACUACCUACCAACGUUCACCAUGGCGACACACUGUAAAUUGAUCAAACUGAGUGGUUUUUAUAGAGAGGUUGUGGACAGUAUAAACUUCUUAAGCCUGCGCUUCUCGCGUGAAUACAUCGUCACAGUGUCCAAGAGAAAACUGUAUGCGGACUUAACAGACGUGUUAUUCCCAGUCCCACUGUACCGGCAAAUACCCAGUGACUGGCCAGGUGGAGACAUUCUACAACGGGUGAAGAAAAUGCCAAUUAGGUCAAAGUUAAAGACAUUUUACUUUAAGUUGCAUUCAAAUACCCUGCCUGUAAAGGAGUGGUUGGCAAAGAAGGGUUUCUUCGUUCCUUGGAGUACGCACUGUAGGUUCUGUAAGGUGCCAGAAACGAUAGAUCAUGUGUUCGUUGAUUGUACGGAAGCCCAGUUCUUUUGGGAUGAUCUUGGUAAGAGGAUCGGCAAGGAUCUCAGAAUCAACCCGCACACAAUUCGGUUUUUGCCGUUACACUCCGAAGAAACUAUGCGCUGUGACAUUAUUUGUGUAGUUGGUUUGUUUUCCUUGUGGAAACUCCGCAUGCUAGACAGGAACGAGGAACCACUGACCCCACCCAUGCUUUUAUUUCAACAAGAGAUGUUGCACAUGAAAAAUGCUCUGAGUUUCAGCCAAACAGUACCAGAAUGGCUACGACAGUGCCUCUAA